UUUGUUUGGGGAACUUAAAACUAACAUAACUUGUUUACUGUGAAAAGCCAGUGGAUAAGAGAAAAUGGUAGGCACCGGAAUUAGGUGUGGUGUUUUGGGCUUCAAUUACUAUGUUCCUAUGAAAAAAAUUGGAAGAAGGUCUGGAACCACGCUGGCUAAAAGGAAGGAUUUUGACGAGAAUGAUAAGCUCCAACAGCGACCCUUUUCCCCUCUGAAGAUUUCGAAGUCAAAUAUCGCUCGUGCUGCCAUUGGAGUGUUUGGAUUGGGGUUCAUUGAUGCCGGGUACAGCGGUGAUUGGUCGAGAAUCGGAGUAAUAACAUCAGAGAGUGAGGAAUUGCUUAAGGUUGCAGCUUUUCUUGUUGUUCCCUUGUGUAUUUUUCUUGUUUUUUUCCUGCCAACAGACACAGAUUCUUGAAUUUUUCAACAAAUGAAGUGUGAAUUUGGUUGAAAAUCUUGUAAACAUAGAAUCAAUGGGCUGCUAUUGUUCAUCUUAUGAGUUUCAGAUCAUACUUAGGAUAUGAAUAAGCUCAAUCCACCCACUUAUAAUCUGCAACUGAGUUGGAAGGUGAACUAACAGAUCCAGAAAUGCUAAAGGGUUUGAAAGAAUGUUACUUGAAUGAUCUAAUGGAAAUAAUAAAAAUAAAUAAA